AUGGAGUUAUUAAUCCCAAAUGGUUUCCCAAUCCUUCUUUGUGGACCUCAUGGUUCUGGCAAGACAGCUCUUAUAAAUGACAUUAUGAAUAUUUUUGGUCAACAGGAAUUUGUCUACAAAAGAUUAGUGUACAGCGAAUCAACUACUGCAAAGCAAUUGUUAAAUUUCAUCCAAGCAAAUAUUUAUCAUCGACAAGGUUUUGUCCAUGGUGCAAUAGCCAAGAAAAAACUGGGAUUAUUUAUUGAAGAUAUCAGUCUCCCCAAAUCAGACGAUUUUGGUGUUCAGAGAUGCAAUGAACUCCUUCGCCAAGUAGUUGGGGAAAAAAUAAUCUACAAUCUAAAACGUCCAUUUGAAAUAAAAUGCAUUGAAGGAUUGAGUGUCAUGGCUGAACUCACAAUGUCUGGAAUCAAUUUAGAAAAUUGUCAUCCGAGAUUAUUGCGCCAUUUUUCCAUUUUCAAUCUUCCGCUACCAAAUGAAAAUGAUCUUGUUGCAAUUAUCAGCAAGAAACUUGAGUGUGUGUUUAAUCUAGAAGAGCAACCAGCAAUUGAUGGUGUCUUAUUUGAUGGGAUUGUGGAUGCAUCAUGUCAGUUGCUGCUUCGUGUUCAGGCCAUUCUCAGUCAGUCCCCUUUACCUGGACGCCAACAUUACAUCUUUACUUUGCACAAUAUACAACAUUGCUUUCAGAGUGAACUACAUGCUGUCAAUAAUCUGAACUUGUUACAUGACUGUCUUCAAGGAUAUAUGACCAGAUACAAUGCAGCAAAAGUCUUUAACAACCUUGAUAUUUUUCUCUCAGAAUAUACCAUCUCCCACAUUAUCAGGAUUCAUCGUAUACUUUCCUAUCAAAGAGGACAUCUUCUAACAAUAAGUUCUUUAGGAAGUGGAAUAGAAAAGCUUUGCAUUUUGGCAUGUGAAGUUGCCAAUGUCAGUAUUGUGAGAAUGGAGAAUCUUCAAGGAUCUGAUUUUAUUGAUGGUUUGAAAGAUGCUAUAAGACAAGCUGGUACCACUGCUAACACAAUUGCAAUACUUCUUGAUGCUAAAACACUUCAAAAUCCAAUUCACUUGGACUGCAUUAACAGCUUUCUGGUCACUGAGGAUUAUACAUCUUUUUUCUCCAAUGAAGAAUUGCCUACAAUUCUCCAAGCAUUGGUUCCUGAAGGCAAAAAAGACCAAGAAAAAAAAGUUGAACCUGCUGUACUUUUUAGUUUUCAAAUAAACCAUAAUUUGCACAUAUUGAUUAAUUUUACCCCAACAGACAACUUGCUAUCCACUGCAUUAAGUAGGUAUCCCAGUUUAUUGAAGGUUUGUCAGAUAAACUGGAUGUGUGACUGGUUAAAAAAUAACCUUCUUUCAACAGCAACUUACUUUCUUAAAAAAUCUGACAUUCUCAAAGAACCUGAGUUGAGAUGUGAAAUUAGUAGUUGUUUAGCAGAUAUUCAUCAUUUGAUGCUGAGGAAAUACAAGAGUAUCCCCUGGGCAGGAGAUAUGUCUGCAACUAUUUGCCUUCAUACAGUGAAACAUCUAGAAAAGAAGAAAGACAAAAUAAAGAUUUGUAAAGAAACUGUGACCAAUUUACCUUAUACACAGAGCAUAUUGAUGGAACACAUUCAGAUGCAGCAAGAAAGUGCAGCCAUAUUGGGUAAAUCCCAUAUUACACUGUCUAUGCAGGAAUAUGAACAACUGCUUCAUUGUUUUCAUUAUUUAUUCAGCAAGAAAAUAAAACAGAAGGAAGAGAAAAUUGUCAAAAUUAAGAAAUCUUUGGUUAAACUUGAUGAAACCAGGAAAAUGUUGUCUGAAAUGAAAGAGACUGUGAAAGAUAUAACAUUAGAAUAUGAAGAAGCAAAGAGCAAGGCCGGGUCUUUGUUGUCUGUAAUCACCAAGAAAGCUACAAAGCUGCAGACAUUAAAAGCAAAGAUUGGAAUAAAUUCAGCUAUUCAAGCCAUCUUGGAAAUUAAUGAAAUUAACAGUAAUUUUGAUGAAAAUUACACAGAAGAUGACAAUCUUCUUAAAAUAGAUGACUAUGAUGAAUUUGAUAGGGAAUUUGACCGAAUUCGAGAAGAGAAUGUAAUCCAAAGUAAAAAGAAAGUUGAAGAGAAUCUGGCCUCAGCCAGAAAAAUGUACAGUCUGAAGAAAAAAUGUGUUAAAAAAUCAAGAGAACAGGUUUAUUUUUGGCGGCACAAGAUUGACCGAAAUUGCAUUGAAAGUAUCAAGGGGUUUGUUAAACCUCCGUCUUUGGUAUUACACAUAGCAGACAUGAUGAUGAUACUUACUGGUAGACAUAAUCCUCUAAGUGGACUCAAUGUUUCAGCAAAUGACGUGUUGUCAAUCAGGGAUACUCCAGUCAGUUCAGCUGACAGCAUCAGUAGUCAAAAAGGACAAAGUAAAAGAAGAACUGAUCUUUCCUGGAAGACAAUACAGCAGAUUCUCAGUGAAUCAAAAGAUUUUACAGCUCUUCUUCACAAUUUGCCUUUGGAAGAAGGUUUGAAUCCAUUAAUGAUGAAAACCCUUUCCACUUGUAUCAGUUCAAAAGACAUAGAAAGAAGUAGAAAUGAAAUAGAAAAUAAAAUACAAGAUGUAACUAAUCAAAGCAUUAGUAAAGCAACAGAAGAAGGAAUAAGCAUAGCGGCUGCAAAGCAUGCAAGUGAAGAUGCUGCCAUUUUAUUGCAAUAUAUGUUGGCAUUGCUGGUUUAUUCUAUGUUCUUUAAAGAACUAAAAGAAAUUAAAGAAACAAUUCAAGCAUUGCAAGAACAAGUAGAAAAAAAUGGAAAACAAAGGAAAGAGAAAGAAAAUGAAACUGCUUCUAUUCUGGAGGAUGCUACAGAUGAAGAACUUCAGGAAGAAGAUUUGCCAAUAGUUGAACAAGAACUUGAGUCUUUACAGAGAGAAUAUAGUUGUGCAGUGGAAAAGAAAGCCACCUUGGAAGGAAACUUACACAACAAAAAUGAAAAGCUGCGGGCAACUAGCCAAUUGCUAACAAGUUUGAAGAAAAAAGAAUUAGAAUGGCAGUCUUAUGUCCAAGAAGAAUCUAAUGAAGUUUUAGUGACCAACAGUUUGUUAGCAUCUGCAUUCAUGACUUACUGUGGACCAUUUCAUAUCAAACACAGACAGACAUUAUGUGACUCUUUCCUCCAAAUAUGUAAAGAACAUCAUUUUCCUGAGCCUUAUCAUAAACUUUUCAAAAACUUAGACCUUCAUCAAUAUAUCUUUCCACCUAUGUUGCAAAUGGAUCUGGAAAUACGGCAAAUGCCAAUGACAAAAGUCUUUUUAGAAAACUUCUGUUUCUUUGUUGAGGAAAAAUCCUGGACAAAAUGGCCACUUAUCUGUGACCCUAACCACCAAGCAAUUGGCUGGUGCAGAACUUACUUACAAGGCACUAAUUUUGUUGAAGUGAAUUUACAUGAAUUAAAAUCUCAUCUGGACAGUUGCUUGACUGAGGGAAUUCCCUUGCUCCUGACAGAAUGUGAUCCUUUGCGUCUUUCAAAUAACCAACAUCUUUGCAGCAUUAUUGGAGCUUCCAAAAUUUUUCUCCAAGCAACAGAAUCUUUUAAAAUGAAUGUUGGGGACCAUGAAGUUGAAUGCAAACCAUCAUUUCGAUUAUAUCUUCACACUUCCUCAGAAGCCUUUGAAGUUGGAGAUUUUUUAGCUGCUUUUACCAAGAGAUUAACUUUUCCUCAAUCUGUUGAUUGUCUCACCAUUCAACUGUUGCUACGAUGUCAGAAUCAAGAAAAAAAUCGCGUAAAAGAAGAGCGGUCUCAUUUGCUGCAGAUAAAAGAAAAACAAAGUAAAUUUUUAGAAAAGGCAGAAACUGAAUUGAUAACAGAAUUUUGUAAGGACAUCUUCAUCAUGAAAGAAAUGCCAACAUUGAAAAAUCUUCUGGAGUUGGUCAAGAAAUAUGAAGACCUCCAAGAAAGCCUUAAAGCAGUUGAUAAAGAUUUAGAGAUUAUUUUGCAACAAACAAAAGAUCAGUACAUCCUCAUUGCCAAACAAGGAGCUCUCUGCUAUAAUAUCAUGCAGAACAUGAAAGAACUGAAUCCUUUGUACCAGUUUCCAUAUCCAAGGUUUCUGAAAAUGUUUGACUCCAUUGUUUCACAGUCUGAUCGGUCAUUGGCCAAAUCAGUUGCUGAAAAACUGCUUUUCACUUCCAACCAGAAAAUGGUGCAGCGUCUUCUAAGUAAAGACCGAAUUGUGUUUACCUUACUCUUGGCUAUGGAGAUAGAAUUUAAUGGAGGCCGAAUCCAAGCCGGGGAAAGAGAAUUUUUAAUCUCUCCUACAUCAGCAUUGCAGACUUUACCUUCUGUUGCAAAUGCUUCCAAUUUAUUAACCAAGAAUUCAUUGAGGAGUGACCGAGUGAUCCAACUAACCACAGCCUUCAUUAUGACAGUUUUGGGAAACAAGUUUGUGAGUGAUUCUUUGUUAAACAUCCCAUUAAUAAUGGACCAAAGCAGUCCGACUACACCAAUCUUAAUGCUUGCUUUUAAUCCAAGCAUUAACGCUGAACUCUAUUUUUCCAAUUGUUCUAAAGGAAAAGGGAAUUUUGAAACUGUUUCCUUAAAUGUUUCUAUUUAUUCAUCCAUGGUGGAGGCAAAAAUCAAAAAGUUUAUUUGGCAGAAAAUGAGUGAGGGAAUUUGGUUGUUAUUGAACAAUGCACACAGUUGGCCUGAUCUUCUGGUGAACAUUUUAUCUUGGUUGAAAGAGAAGAAAAUUGUCAACCCAAUGUUUCGAUGCUGGCUUUCAAUUGAUGUUAACUCAUGCCAGAUUCCUUCACACCUUUUAAACAAUUCUCUUAGACUAGUCAUGGAUUCUCCUAUUCAUGUGAAGGAGAAUAUGCUUCAAUCAUUUUCUCAUUUGGACCCUGACAUUUUGAAGAGAAGUUCUAAUCCUAUGUGGCCAGCCAUGAUUCACAAUAUCUGUCUUCUGCAUGCCACUUUACGGCUUCGUGCCAGCCUGAAAAGUACCUGGUCUUACCCUGAAGACAUUUGGAAGAAUGACUCUUCAGAAUUGCUUGAGGCCAUUGAAUUUGCUGCAACUGAAUUUAAAGAUUCAGUAACAUUUACUGUCUCUGGAGGUGGCCAAACAACCCGCAUUGUGUCUUGGUAUGCAAUUCGGAAUAUACUUUCGGAGGGAAUAUUUGGACGAUGUUUGCAACAUUUGGGAGAUAGAUUAUGUUUGGCUGCAAUGGUAGAACAUCUGAUUUCACUGAGUGCAGUCAAAAAAGAUUUUGAAUAUAGCAAAUUAAAAUACAAAAUUCCAGCAGCAUUCUUUCAGAACAAUUUUCUUUCACAAAAAGAACUGCCUUAUCAGAAAGAUAUAGCAAUCUCUUCACAAUCGAAAACUAUCCAGAAUGAUGUAUCAUCUUGCUGUCUUUCAAACAUGUUGCCUUCUUGUACAGACAUCUGGGAAGUCUGUGUGGAAUCAUUAUCAAAGUUACCCAGAAUUCUCUCCAAGGAAAAUCUUCAAAGUCGGAUGAAUAAAGUUGGUGGUGCCACUGUGUAUAACAAAUUUAUCUUUGGAGAAAUUGCACAGCUCAACAAUGUGAUACAAGAAAUUAAGUCCACACUACAGGUGUUGAAGUCAGUUUUUGAAGGUCAACACUUAGGAGACAAUUUGCCAGAAAAACUUGUUCAAGUUGCCAAAGCCAUUUUUUCUCAAGAAAUUCCACAACUUUGGAUGAAGAUGUUGGGACCCACUUCUCUCAUCUCUAGUACCAAUUUGGCAAACUGGCUUCAAGAUCUUCACAACCGAUCAACAUACCUUGAAAAGAUUACACUCAUGGGUCGGGAAAAGAUGCCUACUUAUUGGAUAGGAGCUUUCAUCAAUCCACAGAAAUUCUUGUCCUUGUUUAAAUGGGAAUUUAUGAUGAAGAUGGCAAAUGAAAAUGUUACCUAUGAGAACAUUUCAACACAGACAAUCAUCACUGGAAGAGAUAAAGAUCAUAUCCGUGAUCCUCCAGCAGAAGGUGUGUUCCUCUAUGGUAUAUACACAUGGGGAUUUAUUUGGGACAAGGCAACAGGUGAAGUGUUGGAUUCUUUACCAAAAGGAGGAGGUGGAGGCUCAUUACCAGUUGUGCACCUUUUCUACACCCAUGAACCAAAAGAUAAUCUUUACCCCUGCCCUGUAUAUUCAUGCAGAGACACCAAGAAUACAGAGUGCAUUUUUGAAUUGGACAUUUACAAAGAAAAUGUUACACUAACACGAUGGUCUCUUCGGGGAAUUAUGGCCACCUUACACCCAUUCUGA